CAUUGUUGGACGGGGCUGACACUACUCCUGUCUUGUGCACCCCAGGAGAUGGAGAUCGAGACUGCAGAUGAAGUUGCUAUUGUUGGAAUAGGAUGCAACUUUCCUGGAGGAGAUGGAAUUGACAGUUUCUGGAAAGUCCUGGAGGAAGGCAGAAACUGCACCGUAGAAAUCCCCCCUGAGAGAUUUAAUGCCAAGGAGUGGUAUGAUGCAGAUGAUAACAAGCCAGGAAAAAUGUGCACAACACGAGCUGCUCUUCUAGAUGAAUUUAAUUCAUUUGACAACCACCUGUUUGGGAUUAAUAAUAUGGAAGCAGAACGCAUGGAUCCACAACAGAAGUUACUGAUAGAGUGCACCUACAAAGCCCUGGAGGAUGCAGGAGUUCCUGUAGAAUCUGUCAGUGGCACCAGAACAGGUGUUUUUAUUGGUCUCAUGAAUCGAGACUACGAAAUCAUAACCAGCAGAGCAGUGAGUGAAAUAAAUCAUUAUGAUGGCACUGGAACAGCAAUGAGCAUUGCUGCCAACAGGGUGUCUUUCACAUUUAAUCUGACUGGACCGUCCCUGACUGUCGAUACCGCAUGUUCAUCUUUUCUUUUUGCUCUGCACUACGCCUUGCGAGCCAUUAAAUCAGGAGACUGUGAGGCAGCAAUCUGUGGUGGGGUGAACUGCAUCAUCGAUCCUCGCACCUUUGUAUCUCUCAGUAAAGCCAAAAUGAUCUCUCCGGAGGGCAUAAGCAAACCCUUCUCCAAAAAAGCAGAUGGCUAUGGAAGGGGAGAAGGCUGUGGUGUUGUUUUCCUCAAACCACUGAGAAAGGCAAAGGAAGACUACAGCAAAAUCUGGGGUGUGAUAAACAUCAGUGCAGUCAAUCAGAAUGGCAGGUCCACGACUCCGAUCACCAGACCGUCUCAAAUAGAGCAAGAGAAGUUACUGCGCAGCAUUUAUGAAAGUUGUGUGGAUCCCUCAGUUGUGCAGUACAUUGAAGCCCAUGGCACAGGAACUGCUGCUGGAGACCCUACUGAAGCUGAGAGCCUGGGUAGUGUCAUUAGCAAAAACAGGUCUUCCCGAGUUCCCGUUCUGAAAAUUGGUUCAGUGAAAGGAAAUAUUGGACACACUGAAUCAGCUGCUGGAGCUGCCGGGUUAAUCAAAGUGCUCCUGAUGAUGCAUCAUGGCAAGAUUGUUCCAUCGUUGCAUUACUCGAAGGAGAUGAGCAGCAUUGAUACAGAAAAAUUAAACCUUGCCGUUGCCACAGCUGUAGAGCCUUGGGAAGAAUCCAGUGAGUAUGGAAGAGUAGCUGGCAUCAACUGCUUUGGAUUUGGAGGAACCAAUGCUCAUGUUGUAGUCAGGCAGGUGAAACAGCCAGAGCCUCUUCCUGCCUUUAAGAAGCCCCUGGAAUUAUUUCUGCUGUCAGCAGCAUCCCCUAAGUCCCUUCAGAUGACAAUGGCCGAUACAGCUGAGCAGCUGAGCACGAGGAACUCUGUAACUCUCCCAAGCCUGGCCUAUACAUCUGCCUGCAGAAGAAGCCAUGCCAACUACAGGUACCGAAAAGCGUUUGUCACAAAUUCCCUCCGACACUUGCAGCAGGACCUUAAGUCAGCAGCGACCAUGGAACCUGCCAUGUCCAAAGUGGAACCACAGCUGGUGUUUGUGUUCUGUGGCAAUGGCGUGACGCUGAAGGAGUUCAGCGAGGCACUGCUGAGCUCAGAGCCGGUGUUCAGAGACAAGUGUAAGGAAAUAGAAGACCUUUUUCAGCAGCACGCUGCCAUCAGCCUCCUGCCAGCAAGAAAUCGUAGCCCAAAGGACUUGUUGAAUCCAGAGCUUUCCCAGCCCUUGCUGUUUGCCCUGCAGGUUGCUGUAGCUUCCCUGCUGAAGCACUGGGGUAUUAAGCCCGUUGCUGUUGUUGGCCACUCAGUGGGGGAAGUUGCUGCUGCACAUAUUGCUGGGUACCUUUCCCUGGCAGAUGCAGUCAGAGUGAUUUACCAUCGGAGCAGGCUGCAGGCAAAGACCGCCAGUGGCAGGAUGCUGGUGGUUGGAAACAUCCCUGUUGAAGAGAUUGCUGAACGCCUGCAUCCCUACUUGGGAAAGGUGUGCAUUGCUGCUUUCAACAGCCCCAUUUCCUGCACCUUGUCUGGGAGUGUAGAUGCUGUGGAAGCUGUCCAGAGAGAGUUAGCUGAAGCUUUCAGUCAGAGAAACAUCUUUCUUCAUGCUUUAAAUGUUCCACUUGCGUACCACAGCCCCAGCAUGGAUAUGAUACUUGGGGAGCUGGAGGAGCAGAUAGAGCCUUUAGAAAAGCAUAAGGGGGAAACAGAAGUGAUUUCAACACUGACUGGGGUGGCUGCAUCUGAAAAUGACUUUGCUCAGGGCAAAUUCUGGGCACGGCAUACUCGUGAGCCUGUUGCUUUCACACAAGCCAUCCAAACUGCAGCCAGAGGCAGGGAAAACGUGGUGUUUGUGGAAAUAAGUCCUCACCGAGCAUUGCAGCGAAGCAUAAAAGAAACACUAGGAAAGGGCACAAAGGUGUUGUCCUCUUUGCAAACAGAUGCAGAAUAUCAGACACUCUUCACCCUGGUAGGAAAUCUCUUUGAACUGGGAUUUAAUCCCAACUGGCAGCACUUUUAUAAUGGGUACCAAAGUGUUCCUGUGGCCAUUCCACGAUAUCAAUUUAAUCGCCAAAAACUCAUGGCCUGUCUGGAUAUCCAUCAACAAGCAAACCAAAGAGGUUCGCCAGUCAGCGCCAGUCAUGCUUUGAUUAAUGGCAUAAACAGUGACAACGUGGAGUUUGGCUGCCUGGUGUCCCAGGACACAACACCGUACUUAUAUGAGCACAAGAACAAUGGGGUGGCCUUAAUCCCUGGGGCUUUCUAUGUGGAGCUUGGUCUAGCCUGUGUGAUGAGCAGCUCAAGACCUAAAGUGCCUCUGGGCGCUUGCCAGCUGAGUAUCAGCUUUUCUGCGCCGUGUGUUCUCACACAGAGUUCCCAAGUACUGAGUAUCAAGCUGAGUCCACAAAAAGCCAUGACAAGCUUUGAGGUUGUCUCUUCCUCCAACGCAGUUUAUGCUGCUGGCCAAGUGGCAAAGGGGCUUGAAGGUGUGGUGGAAGAAAGCAGCAUCUCCUUCCAAGCCAUCUACCGAAGGUGCAAGUCAGUGAUUAGCAGAGAGGAGGUUUAUGAAGCACUGUCUCAGGUUGGCUUUCAGUAUGGCUCCAUAUUCAGGCAGCUCGGUGAUGUUCAUUAUUGCCAGGAGCUAAAGGAAGCUAUAACAAGCAUAAAGGUGAAUGAGGAGACCAUCAGAGACACGCACAGCUACUGUAUCCACCCAGUGCUGCUUGACUGUUUUCUGCAGAUGACCGCUGUCUUGAGCUCAAGGACACUCCAGUCCAGAGCAGGCUUUCCUUCAGGGAUAGGCAGCCUGGUGGUGCUCCGCCCACUGGAGGAGGAAAUGAUGAUAUACAUGAGAAUGAGCAAAUCCACUGGGAACUGCCUUGAGGUCUGUGGAUGCUUUGUGGACAAACACGGCUCUGUAUUGGCUGAACUUAAGCGUGUUGCCAUCACUUUCAUGAAGGAGUCAUCUUCCAGAGACAAUGAGUUCCUGUUUGAAAACAAAUGGAAAGAAGUCUCUCUUUCACAGACAAUUGGAUAUCUGGGGUUUAAGCCCAGAGUCCUUGUGUUUGCAGACAAAUUUGGGAUAGGUGAGCAGCUCAGAAAGCACUUGCACCCUGCUUCGAGAUAUGUUAUGUAUGAAGAUUGGGAAUGCCUCAUGGAAGGGGAUACACAGAAUAAAAUGAGAGCAGAGGUUGAGGAUUAUGAUGAAAUCCUCUUCCUGUGGGGAAUUCAAAAGUUAAAUGAAGAUUUCCCAAGGAAAGCAGUAGAUCAGUUGGCCAAGUGCUGCGAAGCUUAUCGCCAGGUAGUGGUGGCACUAAGAGAGAAGACGUCCCGCUGCUCCGUCAGAGUGAUCACCUACAGAACAACAGAGAGAUAUGUGGACCAUGUGAACUGUGGGUUUGCAUUGUAUGGCAUGACCAGAACUUGUAUUGUUGAAGUUCCAGAAAUCACAUUUCAGUUGAUUGACCUCAGCUCCUCCACUUCCCUGGACAUCUCAGUGUUAGCAGAUGUUCUUGUCAAGUACAAAGGUGGGGACUACCCAGAAGUUUGCAUCAGCCAGGGAAGAAUUUAUGUGUCUGAAAUCAGACGCACACCUUUUGUAGAUGCAGAUUACAUCCAACCUGUAAGAUCUCUCCAGAAAUCACAAUCAUUCACUUUGUACACUUCUAAUCCAUACGCAGCAAAAGACUUGUCUGGGGAAUUAUUCACUGGUGCUGCUACUCAGCUUGACAAACAGAGUGUUGAAAUUCAAGUGGAUAAAAUUUGUCUGCACUCGGAAGAUUAUUUUCCCAUUAGUGUUUCUAGCUGCAGCUUUGGUAACACACUGUAUUGGAACUCACAGGCAGGAGACAAACACAGGCUUCUAGGUCUUGAUUUCAGUGGUACAGUCACUGCAACAGGCAUGGAUGUGAAAAAAGUGAAAGUGGGAGAUCGUGUGGUUUCAUGUUAUCCCACUGCUGCAUCAUCCAGAGUUCAGAUUCCAGGAACAGUUUGUUUCAAUGCAAGGAAAUUCCCCUUCCUCCAGAAUGUCCCUUGUGUGUCAUACUUCAUCAUUGCAUGGGAAAUCUUCACUCAGAGGUUACCCAAGGGCAAACAUGGCAGAACAUUGGGUAUUAUUACUACAGAACCGUCAUCGGUUUUGUGCCAUGUUCUUUCUGCAGCAGCAGAAGAAAUGGGUUGGAGAACAGUCCUUGCAAAGCAUACUCCUAAUGUGUUGCAGUAUAUCAACCUGUGCAAUGCCCUUGUUAUUCUCCCUCCAGUCAACAGACUGUCUCAGGAGGAUCUGGCCCACAUGCAGUUUCUUAAAGAUGUGGUGAUUGUGUGUGGCAAUCAACAGUCUGAAUGUAUCCAGAAUGUCAGUGAAGUUGAUCAUGAAAACAUCAGCUUUCAUAUCCUCUCUGUUGCCAGUCUUUUCCGGAAAGCACCUCUGAAGGAAUUGCAGAAGACUGUACAUGCCUGGAUCAGUUCCAUGGAUAUGAAACAGUUCAGACAUCUCUCAGGUUCUGUUUUUCAGCAGCCUGAGAACUUUGAAGGGCUAAACUCUGUGACGUCCUAUUUCACCUGCACUUCUGUCCCCCUGGCUGUUCUGGGAAGGCAGAAGGACGCCGGCGUGCUUUCAGACAUCCCGUUGUACGAGCCCCAGAAGCAGCUGUUUAAGCAGAACGCUGUUUAUGUAGUAGUUGGGGGGCUCACUGGGCUUGGCUUUGAAACAGUGAAAUUCAUAGCUGAGAAUGGAGGAGGGUGUAUUGCAAUACUGUCCAGGAGAAUUCCCAGCAGGGAGAAGCAAGAAGAGAUGAGGGCUUUGCAGCAGCAGUACAGAGGGAGCAAAGUCGUGUCUGUGCAGUGUGAUGUGGCUUUGACCAGUGAUGUUGAGAAAGCUUUCCAGUCCAUUGCCAACACCUUUGUGGGGAGUCCAAUCAAAGGGGUAUUCCAAAGUGCUGUUGCUUUACAUGAUGGCCACCUUGAAGUCCUGAAGCUGGCUGACUUUCACAAAGUGCUGAGCCCAAAAGUAGCAGGGACCCUAAAUCUUCACCAGGCUACCAGAGGCCAGGAGCUUGACUACUUUGUGUGCUACUCCUCUGUUACUUCCUUCCUGGGCAAUGCCACCCAGACAAACUAUGCAGCUGCAAACUCUUUCCUGGAUCUCUUCUGCCUCUACAGGAGGAACUGUGGGCUUUCAGGCCAGGCCAUUAAUUGGGGUGCUUUGAACCUUGGCAUUCUGCUCAAUCAAAACCACAUUCAGAGCAUUCUGGGAUCCAAGGGCAUAGAUAUUCUGCAAGUGCAUGAAAUUCAUGACUAUCUCAGGAAGGCCUUACUUAUAAACAGCCCACAGCAAGCUGUUGUCAAAUUGAACUUUCAAACUUUGUAUCAUCAUGUUUUUACUCAGAUUAUUUCUCUCAAAAGUCGCUUCAUAUCGCUUAUUUCAGAAGAUUUCGGGAACAAGAUUGAAAUGUUUGAGGAAAUGGAAGUCUCAGAGACUGCUUUUCUCAAAUCUGAAGACUACAUCACCUCACUGGUGAGUGACCUCACAGGAGUGAGCACAGAUGAACUAACCAUGAAUACACCACUUUCAUCUUUGGGCAUAGACUCCAUGUUAGCUAUGACAAUUCAGAACCGUGUCUUUAAGGAGAGAAAGGUGGACAUACCCCUUGUGAAACUGCUUGAUCCUCACACAACUCUGUCAAGUUUAGUGGUAGUUUUAGAAGAAACAAACAAUGAAAAUGGAACAGAUGUAAAGAAGAAUGCUGUAGUUCAAAGUGCAGAAAUUGAUAGCUUCCUAGAGGAGUCUUCUCAUUCAGGCAUUGUGUAA